AUGGCUUGGAUGGACGAGGCGGGACAUUUCAGGGAGGAAUCUCCGCGGGAUGCAAACUCAAAACCGCAAUGGGGUCAUGACUCCAUUGCGAGCGAAUGCCCCGUUACUCCAGCCCCCGAAACGCGAAGCGAGGUCGAGCUGUCAUAUGCCAACGCCCGGCGCGAAUUAGACGACAUUUUUAGGGAAAAGAUGAUGUACUUUGAGGGCAGGGAGUCGGAGCAGAAUUGGUUGAAGCGCGAAGAGAGCAUGACAAAGUUGCGCAGUUUCGAGAUCGCCAAGAACAAGGCGCUGGAGCUGCCCAAUAGCGCUCUUGCUUCCUUCAACCGCUGUGAGCAUGAACUCAAUACCAUUGAGAAGAUUAAUGAAGUGCUCAGGGAGAGCCGGGAAGACCUUGAGCCUCUCCAACCUACAAGCUCUGGAACACCUUUCCAAGGCUCUUAUCUCGAAGCACCCGAGCCACUCGCCGCGCUAGGGCCUGACCUCUCGCCAAUCUCUCCGGACUCCGGAGACUCUGAAGAUUCAGAGCCGUCCGAACAAGGCGCUCAACCCGCGACCCUGGCGGCUUCUUCCUUUUCCUUAUCCGCGGCGAUUGAGAUCUUCACAGUUCAAUGGCAGAACGAAACGUACCUCGUCAAAGGCCACGUCCUGUCCUACCCUCAGUGGUUGCGUAAGCUCAAAACGGUGCAGCCCGUCGCCGCCAUCAAGCCGAACAAUCUUGACUAUGCUGUUGAGAUCAUCGCUGCCGCUGCCACGCUCUCUCAAAGCCAUAUCUGCAAUCUCUUGAACGACGUCUCCUUUCCCGAAAGUUCUCAUGCGAUGCUUUGCGGAAAGGCCCAGCAUACCACGAGGCAUUCAGUCACCGAUGCUACUUCGACCCCAAUCUCGUAA